AUGGAAGCGAAGAUCAGAGAGGUCUUCGAGUCCGUCGGUUCCUUCUUCACCGGCGGUGAUCAUAUCCCAUGGUGCGAACGUGACAUCAUUAAUGGCUGUGAGAGGGAGGUUGCAGAAGCUGCUGAGGGUGACUCAGAGGAACUUAAAAGGGAUAGCAUUAUGCGAUUGUCAUGGGCUCUUGUUCACUCUAAACAACCAGAAGACGUGCAGCGUGGGAUAGCUAUGCUUGAAGCCGUGGGAUAUUACAGAAGUGGUGACUAUGCAAGGAGCAGGCACCUGGUGGACCAAUGUUUGGAGAUGGCACCUGAUUGGAGGCAAGCUUUGGCCCUGAGGAAGACACUUGAAGAUCGAAUUGCUAAAGAUGGUGUUAUUGGAAUAGGCAUCACUGCUACUGCUGUGGGACUGAUAGCUGGUGGAAUUGCUGCAGCUUUCGCUCGCAAGAAAUGA